GUUUGGAAGCUCAUAGCUUGGCUAGAGCAGUUAGCAACCAGAUACACAGUCGGCGCUCCAUCAAACCUUACAUGCCUGACAUCUGUGAAUGAAGCGAACGAAGGGGAAACAGCUGUAUGUAGGCUAUGUUAGCGACCUGAAACGGCAACAUCUGACUGUGGACACGUAGGAGAGAGUCUUUGCCUACAUACAUUGUGUUGUCAUUUUCUGUCUGCUGUUUUGUGGAUAACAAAAGCGCAUUCGAUUCGAACGGAGUCAUUGGAACAGACGAGUGAACGAGAAUUGAACCGCAGUGGAUGUCUUGCUCUUUCUGUGUUCACAUCGUAAUACAACUGUAGCGGAGUAAUCGCAUGGAGAUGGAGUAAAAUUGAGGUCAUCUGGAAUUGCGGCUGAGAGAUGAGGAAUUUGUUUUGUCCGCUCUGAUCUAAUAGGAGGGAGAGAAGAACUGCUGGAUACAACCCCGAUAUGAACGUGGCUUUCUCGCUCUGCUUGAGGUAGCUGCUAAAGCCAAUGAAAGACGCGGUCUUGAGAACGCAUACGGUCGCUUUGGAAUGUAGAUAUGCGCGUUUAUUCUUGCACAUUUAACAAAAAAACGAAUGUGAUCUAAUACUAGUAACUCGGACUAUCGUUACAUAUUUUUGUUGUUGUUGAAUUACUCAAGUAUCAACCAGCCGAUCUACGGGAGAAUGGCCAUGAUACAAAAGUGAAUCUGGACCUGGCUUUGGAGGCAGUGGAGUUACUGGUGUGAGUGAGAUUUCUCCCUCCCCCACCAUCACUACAGAGACACGCCAGAGGCUGUCCACUGUCCAGGCCCAAGCAGUCAGCCUGAGCCUGCUAGUACAGACUAUCUGGCCUCCUCUUCUUGUGGUCCCUUAUGCUCAAUGAAGGCUAUCUCUGGGUCGCUACAGGAUGGAUGGUGUGGAUUUGACGGUCCUUGUGUGUCAUCAUCAGCGCUUGCUCCUCUGUGACUGUUUCCUGUUCUUUUCCAUUUAUAAAAGAACGCCCCCUCUUCUGGGCCCAACCACCCCUGAGCGCUGUAAAAGUUAUAGUAACUGUUGUUGUUAAGUGACACUUACAGAGGAGGUUAAGUUAACUCUCCCCCCAUCCAAACUCCACAGAGGGUUUUCUCCAGAGGUUUUAUUUUAUAUACCCAUGUUAUAUAUUUCCCCCCUCUCAGGAGUUUGUUUGGAAGACACACAGGUGUUCGGUUCUUCACAACAAAAGUUUUGGUUUAUUGUUGGUUGAGGUUUACAGUUACUUUUUCUCAAGUUUUGGUUCUUCCUUGUAAUUUAUUUAUACUUUAUAUUUUGGAGUUUUUUUUGUUGCUCAUUGCUCACUCACGCCCUGGAAUAAAAAAAACAAGAUGUCGGAAACAGACAAGUUCCUUGCCCCUUUCCCUCCGCCGCCCAAGAAUGUGAAUGGUUCCAGCUCGGACACGUACCUUGGUGAGAAUUUGGGAACCGACGGUGUCCGCCGACGCCGCCACACCAUGGACCGCGACCCCAAACAGGCCGAGCAUCGCUUCUUCCGGCGCAGCGUCAUCUGUGACUCGAACGCCACCGCAUUAGACCUCCCCAGCAAGGCCGUCAUCCUCACCUCCCCGCCUGACUGUGAGCCCCCCAGCCUGGGCUGGCUCUCCCUGGCUGUCCCCUCUGUGGUGGUACCUGAGCCGUGUCUGGCGGUGGCCGAGGUGGAGGCAGAUGAGGAAGGAGGGGAUGGGCCUUGUAGUGCGGUAUUAGGGCCCAGUGUUGGUGGUGGUACUAGAGUGGAUGGUAUGGUAGUGCAGAUAAAGCCAAGCACGGCAGUAUUGGAUGUUUGCGGCGGAGAGAAAGUAAAGAAGCUGUUGUCGUUAGCCGCCGCAGAGGCUCCUGGAAUCGAGGAGGUGGUGCCCAGUAAAGCGGGGGAGCCCGCGGAGGAGGAGAGCGGUAGUGUUACAGAGGAGAUGCGAGAGGAGAAGGAGAAGGGGGCCGCUAAGGCCCUAUUAGAGGAGCAGAAGAGGGAAGCAGAGAAGAAGGUUCAGGACGACAUAGAGGAAGUAGAGACCAAGGCCAUAGGGACCUCGCUGGAUGGACGCUUCCUAAAGUUUGACAUCGAGAUUGGACGCGGAUCCUUCAAGACGGUCUACAAGGGCCUGGAUACGGAGACUACAGUGGAGGUGGCGUGGUGCGAACUGCAGGAUCGUAAGCUGUCUAAGACGGAGCGUCAGAGGUUCAAGGAGGAGGCUGAGAUGUUGAAGGGUCUGCAGCACCAUAACAUUGUACGCUUCUACGACUCCUGGGAGUCUCCCUCCAAAGGAAAGAACUCCAAGUGCAUCGUGCUGGUCACAGAGCUUAUGACAUCAGGCACCCUCAAAACGUAUCUGAAGCGGUUCAAGGUGAUGAAGAUCAAGGUUCUGCGUAGCUGGUGUCGUCAGAUCCUGAAGGGGCUCCACUUCCUCCACACCCGGGCCCCUCCCAUCAUUCACAGGGACCUGAAGUGUGACAACAUCUUCAUCACCGGCCCCACUGGCUCCGUCAAGAUAGGAGACCUGGGAUUGGCUACGCUCAAACGGGCCUCCUUCGCCAAGAGUGUCAUAGGUACCCCAGAGUUCAUGGCCCCUGAGAUGUAUGAGGAGAAGUAUGACGAGUCAGUGGAUGUGUAUGCCUUUGGGAUGUGCAUGCUGGAGAUGGCCACCUCAGAGUACCCCUACUCCGAGUGCCAGAACGCUGCACAGAUCUACCGCCGAGUCACCAGCGGAGUCAAACCGGCCAGCUUUGACAAGGUAGCCAUACCAGAAGUGAAGGAAAUCAUCGAGGGAUGCAUCCGCCAGAACAAAGAUGAGAGAUAUGUCAUUAAGAUCCUGCUGAGCCAUGCGUUCUUCCAGGAGGAGACUGGUGUCCGUGUGGAGCUGGCCGAGGAGGACGAUGGGGAGAUGAUCGCUAUCAAACUGUGGCUGAGGAUAGAAGACGUUAAGAAGCUGAAGGGAAAGUACAAGGACAACGAAGCCAUCGAGUUCUCCUUCGACCUCAAUAAGGACUUCCCCGAAGAUGUGGCACAGGAAAUGGUUGAGUCUGGCUAUGUGUGCGAGGGAGACCACAAGACGAUGGCCAAGGCCAUCAAAGACCGAGUGUCUCUGAUCCAAAAGAAGAGAGAACAGAGGCAGCUGGUCAGGAGAGGAGUUGGAGAAGAGGAAUCAGAAGCAGCAGCAGCCCCUACAGCUGACGGCGCGGUGGACAACGGCCAGGGUUCGUCCCUGUUCUCUGAGUCCCAUCUGGGCCAGCUGACCAUGUCCUAUAGCAACAUCCCUGCCACCCAGCAGCAGAGGGCCAAACCCAGGCCCCCUACCCUCCCCUUCCCCCAGCAGCAACAACAGCAGCAGCAGCUCAAUGCCUACCAACAGCAGAACAUGCCUCUCUCACCACCUCCCCGCCACCGCGGCCGUAGCAUGUCCGUUUGCGUCCCCUACUUUUCCUCCACCCUCCUGCUCUGUCCUGCCUUCCCAACCGGCCCUCCACCCUCCUCCGGUGCUCUCCGCCCCCACUCCCCCUGCCGGGGUCGGACGACGGCAGACACGUUUGCGGGCCGGCUCUCCAAGGCCCUGGAGAGUGUCCUGCCCCUGCAUUCCACCCCGCCUCGCCCACGUACAGCAGUGGAGGAGGAGUCUGGGCCUCAGCAGGCCUUCCGGACCCCACGCCGCCUCUCUUUCUCCCCUCCAUCCUGGAGCGCCCCGUCUCCUUCUCACCGCCGCCUGCCUGCCCUCCCCUCCAAGGCCUACAACGCCCAACGCCGCAAGAGCACGUCUAUCUUGAGGCCCAUACACGCCACUUCCAGCCUGCCUCACCCCCGCUACGCCAGCAGUCUGCACCCCUACCACCCAGGGAUGGAGGGGCUGGGCAUGGGUGGAGGAGGAGGAGUGGAUGGGCACCUGGGAGUGGAUCCCUCGUCCCUCUUCAUGGUGCCCGGCUACGGUGCUCCGAGGCUGGGGUCAUUAGGAGAGCCCAUGCACCAGCACCUCCAAGGGCAGUCCCUCCAGGACCCUCUGUACGGGUACAAGGACGUGAGGGCAGAGCAGCAGCAGGAGGAGGUGGUGGAGGCUGUGCGGAGACUGAGUCUGAACCAGGCAGCGUUGCUGGAUCACUUCGAGGCCAUGGCCUAUGGGGGCUACCCCAUGACUGCUCACCAGAUCAACCAGAUCAGCUUCCACCAGCAGAUGCAGGCCGCGGCAGCCGCCAGCCUGGCCGUGUACGACCCUCCACAGCCGGCCCACGCCCAGACCUACCACCCCCACAUGCAGAGUCACAUGCGCCACAGCCCCAUCCCUCAGCUGCCACCCAUGAGCACCUUGAGCCCGCAGGCCUCGGGUACUACCGAUGGGUACCAGCUGCAGCACUCCGCCUCCUUCCCCAGUCCGCUCCCCCAGUCAUGGAGCCCCCAAGGCAGCGUGUUCGAGUUCCACGUCCAAAACAUGGCUACUGCAGCGGCCGCCGCUGGGGCCGACUCUGGCGUGCUGGCCUCUAGACUGUACAGGGCUUCGCCCGGCUCCAUGGACCUCAACCUGGAGGAGCAGGGGGACCAGGAGGACAGUCAGGGGUUCGGGGCCGCCUCGGCCGCCCAGUCCAUCCCACACACCUUCUACGGGCGGAGGCUGGGGGAGGGACGCCACUGCAGAGGGCCAUGGAGUGGGCCACCCCCCAGCCAGCAGACCUUUCUGUUUGUGCCUCCCUCCGAGACCCCUGGGCCUCAGGCUAGAAUACAGUACUGUACAGUGAGCCAAAGCUCAGGCUACAAUACAGUACUGUGCUGUACAGUGAGCCAAAGCUCAGGCUACAAUACAGUACUGUACAGUGAGCCAAAGCUCAGGCUACAAUACAGUACUGUGCUGUACAGUGAGCCAAAGCUCAGGCUACAUUACAGUACUGUGCUGUACAGUGAGCCAAAGCUCAGGCUACAAUACAGUACUGUGCUGUACAGUGAGCCAAAGCUCAGGCUACAAUACAGUACUGUGCAGUAUGUCCAAAAGUCACAAAUAGAUCUUAAUUUACGUUUUGUGUUCUCUCUUGUGUCCAUAUUUCUAUCUCCCUCCAUAUUGUCUCUCCAUCUCUUCACCUAUCUCUCUAUCCUAUUGAAGCAGGUGCAACAGAUCCCAACCUCCCAGCCCAACACUGGACACCCUCUGGCCCCCAACUCCCAGCCAGUCCCCGUCGCCCACCAACAGCAUGGAGGUUACUACGUCACAGCGCUCCCUCCGCAGACCCCCCUGCAGGCCUCUCUCCCCCCCACCUCCCAGCCCAUGGUCUCUCAGCCCCAGCAGCAGCAGGCAGGCAGCACUGUGGUACAGAGCCCCUCUCAGACCCAGCUACCCCCUGGACCACAGCCCACACAGCCUUGCAGUAUGGCUCCACCUCCCUCCUCAGUGGGGCUUGUCUCUGUGGCACAGAUGGCCUUCAAUCAGCCCUCGGUCCCGGUUACUGCAGCUGCAGCCCAAGGGGCCCUGGUGUCCCCACAGAGCCCUAUAGCAGCUGCAGCCUUACCUCUGCCUCCUGGGGCUCAUCCUCUACCUGGUUUUGUAUCUGUACCCACUCUGGUGACUCAUCCACCGCCGGCACCAUCGGCCUCCCCUAUGCCGCCCCAAAUGAUGCCUACUCAGCCGCUGGUCGUUGUGGUGCCCGUCAUCAGCGUAGCCAGCACCUCCCCAGAGCCGCCAGGAGAUGCCCAGCCCCAGCCCUCUCAGACUGCUCCUCAGCCUUUGUCAUUGGAACAGUCACAGUUACAACCACCACAAGUGCCCUUGUCCAUGGAGAGCGGUCACUCUGACGUGGCGUCCGGUCUGAGCGAUGGAAAUGAUGGAGGCAGACAAGAGGGGCGCUCCAUCAAGCGACACCAGCGGCGCUCCAUACGGAGUCGCUCUCGCACCGACAAGAUUGGCAAAGCAAAGUUGAAUGUACUAAAUAUAUCCAACAUGGGUGACAGGGUAGCUGAGUGCCAGUUGGAAACGCACAACAGAAAGAUGGUGACUUUUAAGUUUGAUCUGGACGGAGAUAACCCAGAGGAAAUAGCACAGAUUAUGGUCACCAGUCUUUUAUACUGGAGAGCGAGAGGGAGUCGUUCAUCGAGCAGGUCCGUGAGGUCAUCGAGAUGGCGGACGAGAAGGGUCUGGAGAAAGAUGGAAACACCCAGAGCAUCAUUGUUAUCCCUUCUAUACCAGAUUGUUUCCCAGAUAGUUAGUGACCUCCAGCUGCAACAGAUCCCUGCUACAUCUGACCCGUUGCCAGGUAUCCCUUCCUGUGCAGCCCAGGUGGUCCACUCUGCAGGCAGGAGGUUUAUAGUCAGCCCCGUGCCUGAGUCCAGACUCAAGGACCAGUUCUUUGCUGACUCAGCGGCUACAGGCUCUGCCCUACUGAGACAAGAUUCACAGUCCUUUAAUGCCGCCCGUGCUGGAGCUGCAGGUCAGGGUCUGUCCCAGUCGGCCUCAGCGGUCAGCCUGCAGCAGGCCUUUUCAGAGAUGAGACAGAAUCAGGGCCAGUACGACCCAGGACCCAGCACCGCUCCUCCCUCCAUCCACAUAGCCUCCCUGGCUGUCCUGGUCCCUGCUGCAGCCACCACCAUCCCAGUCUUCUCCACUGCUCCUAUAGCCUCUGCUCAUCUCCCCAUGCUCAGCUUCCGUCUGAGGCCUCUCCUCCACCUCCACCUCUCCACCUGCAACCAUCCACCAGGCCACCGCCCCAUCCCCACCCAGCUCCAGUCUGUUGCUACCCAGCCUCUCCUUUCCCAGGCCCCUCUCACCCUGCCGGUGACCCAACCCGUGGUCUCCUCCGUACCUAGUGUUACAGCCCCAAUCCCUGCCCCAGCCACCUCUGUGUCUCCCCCAGCCCCUGCUGUCCUUCCCACCCUCCCCACCUCAGCCUCCUUCCCCCAGACCUCUGGCCCAGGCUCCAUCCCUGGUGGUCCCACCACCUCCAUACCCACGACACUCACCGCUACCGUAGUCCCCACCACAGCUAUCCAAGGCCCCCUGCUAGCCCCCUCCGUUGCUAACCCCAGUGCAGAGCUCCCUUCUUCCUCCUCGCCUGUAGCUUCUCUAGCCCCAGGGGCCACGGUCCCUACCUUACAGCCCGUCACCACCACCAUCCCCGUGGUCCAGCCCACCCUGGUGCACACCCAUCCCCAGCCCGCUACAAUGCCCAACCAGACCCACGCCCAGUGUGGGGAGUGUGAGGCGGCCCUGGGCAUUGAUGACAUCCACACGCUGGAUAAGAAGCUUCGCUCCCUCUUCAUGGACUUGGGUGGCGGUGGAACCACCCAGGCCGAUGGCUCUGUCGACCCAGCCGGAGGCACUGCUCCACAGGCACCCCCUGCCCCCCUCCAGCCUCCCCUGGCCUCCUCAGGACCAGGGCAUGUCUCUGGGACCCCCCUCACCACCCCGGGACAGGCUGGGACCCCUUCCACCUACACCCAGACUACCCCCGCCAAAGCACCUCUGUCUAGGUUACCGGUGUUGCCUGUGGGCUCAGAUCAGGCUCAGGCUGGCCCCCCUCCUCCCUCAGACCACAUGGCACCCUUCCCAGGACCCUGUCUAACUCAGUCCCAGCAGCCUCUGGAAGACCUGGAUGCCCAGCUGAGGAGGGCCCUGAGCCCAGAGACUGUCUCUGUCAGCUGUGUCACCACACAGUCCUCCCUCACUGGGAUGCCUGCAGGUGGCCAGCCAGUGCCUUUCUCGCUGGAAGGGGAACCAAUCACGACGCCUAUUGCUGGAGGAUUCCAACUGGGACGAUUCCAGGUCUCUGUGGCUGCAGACCAGGGUCCCCACAAAAUCGAGGGAGGGAGCCCCACAAAAUCCUCCUCCACCUCCUCUUCCUCCUCCUCUCUCUCCAGCCCGGAGAACACACUGCACAAUAUCUCCUCCCCUCUGCGUGGCGGUAAGACUGGUGGGGAGAUGUUGUGGACGGCCUGCCCUCCCUCCCCCACCGGACCGCCUCCCCUCAGCCCACCACCGUUGGCCGCUUCCAGGUCACCACCAACGCACCGGAUGCCAGGGGUGGGCCGCUUCUCAGUGAGCCGAGCCCAGGAUGAGGCAGCCGAGGCUGUGUUCGAGCAGCCACCCGCUUCCCAGGCUAACGGGCCUAGUACUGAUCCUGGCUCGGCCACCAUGCUCUUCAGCCCAGAGGACAAACAGAGCUCCCUGCCCAGCCUCAACAACUCCUACAUGAGCUCUGAUAACGACUCGGAGUUUGAGGACGAGGACUUGAAGAGGGAGGUCAACCGGUUACGGGAAAAGCACAUGAAGGAGAUCCAGGCCCUGCACACCAAGCAGAAGGAUGAGAUUGACUCCCUGUUCGCCAGGCUGGGCAAGGUGCCUCCAGCCGUGGUGGUCCCUCCAGCUGUAGCCCUGGCCGGUCGCAGGAGACGACCCACCAAAAGCAAGAGCAGCAAGUCCAGCCGCUGUAGCUCCUCCCAGGGCAGCAAGAGCCCCCCUGCAGCCAGGCAGCACUUUAUCUGCACAGAGCGCCCCCUCAGUGUACCCACCCUACCAGGCUCUCCUCCUGGCCCCUGUGGGCCUCCCCGACCCCAACCUCCACCCUGCCUCAGGGAGCCGACCCGGCCCCUCAAGCAUCUCGGCCCCUCCAGUGAGAACCUGUGCUCUGCCUACACCAGCGCUACGCUGUCCGUGCCCAGUCUCUGUGCCCCCACCCAAGGGACCAGCAGCACCAACACAGUGAGUGGUCCAGGAGGCCAGGGUCCAGGACCAGGUUCAGGGGGUCAGAACCAGGGCCAGCCUUCUCCCAACCCCCCUCAACAGGGCCGGAAGGGCACGUUCACCGACGACCUGCACAAGCUGGUUGACAACUGGGCCCGCGACGCCAUCAGUCUGUCCCAGGGCAAGAGUCGCUCCAAACACCAACAGCAACCCUCACAGGGACACAGCUACCAGGCGACCCCGUCGACCAAUAAGGGCCGUAAGUUCUCCGCCCCGAGUCAGCUGUGCCCCAGCAACGCCUCUUCCACCCCCGCUACCUCUCUGGGAGGCCGCAAGGGCUCCUUGUGUCCCCCUCCCCAGUACGGCGGGGUCGGGGCAUGCUACCCCUCCUCUACUGCACCUUACAGCAGCGCCCAGUGGGUGGGAUCCACGGGGUCCACAGGGCCGGGACAGGGUCAGGCCGGUAUGUUAGCCUCCUCUCAGCCCCUGGUUGCCUCCUCCUCGCAGUACCCCUCCUCUGCCACUGGGGGCAGGGCUCCCUGCAGGGCUUCCACCACAUCAGCACUUUGCAGAAAUCCGUCAGCAACCCUGGAGGCCCCAACCUGA